AGCAAACAGAAACUUUCAUCUUUACCAAGUUCUUAGUUUCUUUAAAUUCACCAAUUCGCAGCAUCAUUAAUUCUAAACUACAAGUUAUGGGGAAAUGGUCAAUUUGUGCUACAAACAAUUCGGCGUUUAACCAUAGUUUUCUCGUAUUGGACAUUCCUAUCAAUUAUAUAUGUAUCGUGGAUGAAAUGUAGAAAAGCCCCUGCAUACAUUCGUCAUUGAUCGAUUUCCGAACAGGGGGGGAACUUUGUAUUACAUAAAGAGGGAGUAAGGACUCCGGAAUGUAAAGAUACAAGAAUCCCUACAAAAAUAAUGUUGGCUUAAAUGCGUGAACCGAAUUGAAAAGGUUUAACAAGCGGCUAUAGCCAAAAGGAUGAACUUCAAUUUAAAACAAAAACUUUGUUUUAUGAUAAUUUAUUAUCCAGUAUGAAAAAAUAAACUAUGAGCUAAAUUUAUAAAAAAAAUAUUUAUAGUUUUUUGCGAUACCCAGUUUGAACUGAAACAAUCGUCGCAUUUGUAUUUUCUUUUUCCAUACCAGUUUAAUCAAAAAAAUAUAUCAAUAUUCGUUUAUUUAAAUUUAAUCACCAAUCAUCACAACUACAAUGAACGCAGAUCAUCACGAAUAUAACACAAAAAGGGAUGACUCUUGUACGCACAUGAUGCUUUUUCAUGCUGGGCAUUGUGAGACGAUCCUUUGGAAGAAUUGGUCCCCUAAAUCUAUCGCCGAAUUUACACUAUCAGCUCUUGCUGUCUUUCUUUUGUCAUUUUUAUAUGAAGCUCUAAAAUUUCUACGGCAGUUUCUUCUUCGACGUGAACUUAAACGAAUUGGGAAAAAUAAAGAGCAAGUAGACCCAGUAUGUCAUACAUUCGCGGGACUGAAAAGUAAACAAUUACUUAAGAAAAUACUAGCAAAAUCUCAUCUCAUACAAACUCUAUUGUUCUUAAUUCAAGUUACAUUGUCAAUGCUGAUCAUGCUAAUAUUUAUGACUUUUAAUUAUUGGCUGUGCUUAGCCAUUAUUUUGGGCCUUACAAUUGGUUACUUUCUCUUCGGUUGGAUUAGAGAUGAUGCCUACGACAGCGAUUGUUGUCAAUAAAAAAUGUACCAGAUUUAUUUAUCUAUUACAUACAAUAUACUAGAAUUAAGAUUCUUAGUUGCAGAUUAAGAAACAAUAAAUAAAAUACAAUAGAC